UCGUGGCAACUUCGACCUAGUCGGCGGAUCCUGCGAGAUGAGCUUGGAGGCGAUCAAAUGGCGCAAUGGACGGCUCGAGAUCCUGGACCAGCGGCUGCUGCCGGCCGUCUCCAAGUACGUCGUCGUGAAGGGGGUGGAGGACGGCUGGAAAGCCAUCAACAAGAUGCAGGUCCGGGGAGCACCAGCGAUCGCUAUUGUUGGCUGCCUGAGUCUGGUAGCUGAAAUCCAAAACGAAGAAUUCAACGAUAAGAAAACUCUGCGCCAAGAAAUAGAGGGAAAACUCAAUUAUUUGGUGUCUGCCCGACCUACAGCUGUGAAUAUCAAGAUAGCAGCCGAGGAAUUGAUAUCUCUUUCCAAUAAUCUAAGCGAAGAUGAAACUAUCCCAACUGUUGAGAUGAAAGCAAAAUUUAUCAGGGCAAUAGAGGCCAUGCUUGAGAAAGACAUCGCUGACAAUAAAAUGAUCGGUGACUAUGGAGCACGAGAAAUCUUGAAGAAUAGCGCUGGCGAUGGCCUUGUCAGGGUACUGACACAUUGCAAUACGGGUAGCCUUGCAACAGCUGGAUAUGGUACUGCUCUGGGUGUCAUUAGAUCUUUGCAGGAGAAGAAAAAGCUUGAGCAUGUUUACUGUACGGAGACAAGGCCUUAUAACCAAGGAGCACGAUUAACCGCGUACGAGCUAGUUCAUGACAAAAUCCCAGGGACAUUAAUAUGCGAUGACAUGGUAGCAGCACUAAUGAAGUCAAGAACUAUCAGCGCCGUCGUCCUUGGUGCAGACAGAGUAGCUGCUAAUGGAGACACGGCUAACAAAAUUGGAACUUAUCAGAUUGCGAUUGUCGCGAAACACCACGGCGUGCCUUUUUACGUGGCAGCACCACGAACCUCCAUCGAUUUCAGCAUUCCGAGUGGAGACCAUAUCGUCAUCGAAGAGCGACCAGAAAAGGAGAUGACGCAUAUAAACGAUCAACGAAUAGCUGCAUCGGGGAUACAAUGCUGGAAUCCGGCAUUCGAUGUAACACCUGCUAGCCUUAUCACCGGGAUAAUAACGGAAGUAGGAGUUUACAAGCCGAGUGAACUAAUUAAGUUGAACGUCACGGACGGCGUCGACGCUCGUUCGGACCUUACCGACGAAUCGACGGAACUUUCUAAUUCUAUAUCUUAUUAAUAUAUGCAGGUUAGAGUUAAAUCGUCCCUUUCGGGUAUCAGUUUGGCCGCUUCCACGUAACGCGGCAAGUACGACAUGCUCAAAGUUCGACACCAUUGUGAUGCAUUUAGCGUUUAUUAGUGAUCGUCAUUUUGAUACAGUGCCAUGAGUCAAAGACUACGUGUACGCGUUGACAACGUCUUGCCAUUUGUAGUCAGGACAGUUUACCGAGGGGGGUCACAUCGUUCCGUUUAGUCGCAGUCCUUCCUGAGCGAUUUUUAUUGAUACCGAGGAAGCAUCGUGUGCCUGUUGUAUUACACCUCGCCCCGCAAUUUUGUAUUAUAAGAACUUUCCGAUUCGCAUGAACCGCGCGCGCGCUUAUGUGAAUUAACGAAAAUAUAAAUGUGAAUGACGUUGCGCCGA